GGCGCGGGGGGCGGGGAUUGUUUACGUCCCGCUCAGGAGCGGAAAGUAGGUCACCGCCGACCCGGCGGAUCGCGGCGGCGGCGCGGCUGCAGAUUUUCUUCACCAUGGCCAGACGCCCCCGGAGCAGCAGGGCAUGGCAUUUUGUCCUGAGUGCAGCCCGCCGAGAUGCAGAUGCCCGAGCUAUGGCUCUGGCAGGCACCACUAACUGGGGAUACGACUCUGAUGGGCAGCACAGUGACUCAGAGUCCGACCCUGAGAAUGCACCCCUGCCACCAUCCAUCCCCAGCGCCGUGCCUGUGACUGGAGAGUCCUUCUGUGACUGUGCCGGCCAAAGUGAGGCCACCUCUUGCAGCACCCUGCACACAGCUCAUCGGGGCAAGGACUGUCGUUGUGGGGAGGAAGACGAGUAUUUUGACUGGGUAUGGGAUGACCUGAAUAAAUCCUCAGCCACUCUGCUGAGCUGCGACAACCGCAAAGUCAGCUUCCAUAUGGAGUACAGUUGCGGCACUGCAGCCAUCCGGGGCACCAAGGAGCUGGGGGAAGGCCAGCACUUCUGGGAGAUCAAGAUGACCUCACCUGUCUAUGGCACUGACAUGAUGGUGGGCAUUGGGACAUCAGAUGUGGACCUAGACAAGUACCAUCACACAUUCUGCAGCCUACUUGGCAGGGAUGAGGACAGCUGGGGACUCUCCUACACAGGACUCCUUCAUCACAAGGGAGACAAGACAAGCUUCUCCUCGAGGUUUGGCCAGGGCUCCAUCAUCGGUGUGCACUUGGACACCUGGCACGGGACACUGACUUUCUUCAAGAACAGGAAGUGCAUAGGAGUGGCAGCUACCAAGCUGCAGAACAAGAAGUUCUACCCGAUGGUGUGUUCCACAGCAGCCAAGAGCAGCAUGAAGGUGAUCCGCUCCUGUGCCAGCGUCACCUCCCUGCAAUAUUUGUGUUGUUAUCGGCUGCGGCAGCUGCGGCCAGACUCAGGGGACACACUUGAGGGCCUACCCCUGCCGCCUGGCCUCAAGCAGGUGCUGCACAACAAGCUGGGCUGGGUGCUGAGCAUGAACUGCAGCUACCGCAAGUCCCCAGCACCCACACCCAAGGCAGUGGCUGUAGCCAGUCCCAACAGCCCUGAGACCAGGCCCUGCCAGAGGAAACGCUGCCGACGGACCUAA